UGAUCAAGGAUUUGAGAUUCAUCUCAUCUACUGAUGUCUCAACCAAAAUCUGAUGGAUCUUCCAGAGUGUGACAAAACAACACUACAUGUUUCACGCUCUCGAGCUAGCACGUUCACUCUCACAUAUUUGGCAACACCUGGAGUAUCCCUGGAGUUGAACAAACGCUAUAUCAUGCAAGCCAACCUCCCUGGUCACCUGGGCUCUUUCCAUUACAAGUAUUCAACUUCGCUCGAAUCAACCACUCGCACACACGAUGCUGGACCCUCUCGACUCAUAUCUUGAGCUUUCCAUGGCUCUGAUUCUAAUCAUCAUCUCGAUUGCUCUUUUCCAGUCGUACACUUUUAUUGUUGCAGUGCGUCGUGCUGUCAACAACGGUGCAGCCCUACCGUUCCUUCUAAUCACCGACCUCGCCUCUGGUAUCGACAGUCUCACGUCCUCUCGCAAUGUUCAGCAGAUCAUCUCGAGAUUUGCAGCUAUCGCCAAACAUGGACUUUUGGCCUGCCAGACCACCGGCUUCCGUGCUCAGAGAUUAGACUCUCACUUUAUCAAACCCAACUUCCGUGUUGCUAGUUUCAAUGUCCAACACUUCCAAGAUUCACCUCAUCAAAAUUGAAGUGCCCAGUAAAGAUCAGAUACCAGACAAUCCCUCCUCACUCCAGAGCGACCAUCCCUCCAUUCAAGAGGCAGGCAGAUCCAUACCAUC